GCUUUAAAACUUCCUGUUACUAAACCCAGGACCCUGCAUUCACUAUAUCUGGUCUCCCAGGACCCUGCAUUCACUAUAUCCGCUCUCCCCAGGACCCUGCAUUCACUAUAUCUGCUCUCCCAGGACCCUGCAUUCACUAUAUCCGCUCUCCCAGGACCCUGCAUUCCCUAUAUCUGGUCUCCCAGGACCCCGCAUUCACUAUAUCUGGUCUCCCAGGACCCUGCAUUCACUAUAUCUGGUCUCCCUGGACCCUGCAUUCACUAUAUCUGGUCUCCCUGGACCCUGCAUUCACUAUAUCUGGUC